GGUGGCUGGAAACAUGAACGAGACAAUUGAAUGCGUAGGAAAACAGCCCACUACUCAUUUGGGAAGUAAUUGCUUGGAAGGGUCACCAUGGGCCUCCAAGCGACCGUUAGAUGGGCGGUUUUCCUGUGUGUUCUUAUCACCAAUCAGUACUUUAUCAAUGCCAGCUUCAGUCACCAUGAUCACGUGAUUUGGUCGAGACACAUCAAGAGCUUCCGGGAUAAACGUAGCUCCUAUGACGACACGAAUGAAUCGAAAGACGACGCUGAGAUUAAACCACAUAGGAACUCAACUUCAGGAAUCGCAAGACACUCAAAGGCGCAAAAACGGUUCUUCUUUACGCUACUUUUCAUCGUCAGUAUAAUCACCACUGUUGUCGCCACGGUCGUGGAGACCAUCCAUGAUAUUGGUGGUUGUUGCAGCCUGGGAUGGAGCUCUCUCUGUAGCUUUGAGAGUAGAUUUACCAGUAGACAAUCAGCCGUUAAUGAAAGAGCCAAGAAAGUGGACGAAGGCAUAGAGACAGCUGUUACGACCAAAAAUACCAUGGAAACACUCGGUGAAACUCUUGAAGGGACCUGGAAGCACAUUGACAGGAUUAUAACGCUUCAGAAAAAAAUCUUGAAAACAAUUGAUCCCAAUGUCAUCGAUGCUAUUCGCGUUAAAAUCAGACAGAUUAAGCGAGCAGCAAGGAAGUCGACCGAAGGAAUAGAUGGUCUCACAAUGAAUGACUUCGAUACCGCGCUAGAACCAGUCCAACGCAAUCUGAAGCUCUUUUCUUCCUGGACGUUUGGGCCUGGGAUGUUAACGAUUGAAGCAGUUUCUAGCUUUGCAUUCAAGAGGAUAAAAGUCGGAAGAAUAUACAAAGCCCUGAAAGCCACGCAAGCUCAAAAACUGCUGUCUGCCGCUCCGAAGGCUCAAAGACUUCUGGGAUUCUCAGAUGACGCUGUAAAAGGAUUUCUUAAAGCAACUGCUCUGGCGAAAUUCAGUGCGUAUGGCGGAAAGGCUGUGAAAUUCCUGAAGGUCCUCAAGGGAGCAGGGGCUGUGUUGUCCGUGAUUGGCAUUGGCGUGGACUUGUACAGUAUCAUCAACACUCUGGUGGAAUGCGACAAAAAGUCCAACCAGGCCGCUGACGCCAUAAAGGAAGUCGAAAAAGCAGAGAGGGAAGUCUCCAAGAGCGAAACCGAGCUGAGAGAUUUCGACACAGAACUGAAAACAUUCAUGCGAGAAAAGGUUAUGCCGACUGUACGAGAGGAGGGUCUUCACCAAGCACUAGAAGGCGUCAGAGAUAUCAUAGAUGGGAUGGAUAAAAGCGUCCGCCGACCUUGGGACUAUAAGGGUUGUGUCACCAAGCUGUCAGAUACAGUCAUACCAACACUGAAGACGUCAGACGAUAUAAACGCAUUAAAAGAAUCGCUAGAGGACGCCAAUGAGAAUUGUUUGAAGCAACUGGAAUAUACGAUGGAAUGUUGGCUCAAGAAAACUAGAAUGGUUAAAUACGUACUAGACGACUGCAAAGAUGGCCGCAAACCGAGGAAAUUGAUAUUGAGGGAAGCAAUGACCUUUCACAAUGCCAAUUCCGAUGAUUGUAUUAACAAUCGAGGAGAGCCCUACACCACAAAAGCUGAGCUGGUUCGCAUUUUGCAAAAUGCUGCUGAGACAGAGAAAUUCAGCACAUACUGUAAAGCGAACAGUUUGAGUGUGCAAACAACGGUGUGCGACAUGAAGACAUCUAAGAGCGCAGCGGAAAUCGUGAAGGAGUUAAAGAAGACAGGAGUUGAGCUAAAUGCACAGGUGGUCGAAGACCUGCUUGCAAAGUGCAGCAGCGAAACAAACCUACAGUUAAACCCGAGGCAGAGGAGUGAGGUUUGCGAUCUCAAGCGCGCCGAAACUUUCACUGACGAAGAUAUCGGGGAUUUAACAGGCGUGAGCGUUGACUUGAUAAAAGCAGUGGAGUGUCCGGAAAUGUAAUUGCACGUGAUAAGCACAUGAUAACAUGUGACUAGCACGUGUUUGAACAGGUGACCAGCAUAAUUUAACAUGUUACUAGCAGCUGUUUUAACAUGUGACUAGCAAGUGAUUUAACAUGUGACUAGCACGUGAUUUAACAUGUGACUAGCACGUGAUUUAAUAUGUGACUAGCACUUAAGAAGCAUGUUAUAAGCACGUAAUGUGUCUUGUGACGAACAAGUUAACGCGUUAAUAAAGCAAGUGGAAUUGUU